AUGUCACCUACUACUACAACUUCUACCAAACCACCCGCAGAAAAUCUGGUAGUUGAAGGAAGUUCCUCGCAAUUAGAACCAGUUGUUCAGCAGCCAGAAAACGGUAAUUCAAACCCAAAUCAAAAUCAACCAGCUCCAGCUCACGGUCCCACUAAAUUGCUCACCCCAAGUCAUUUGAAAAACUACCCAUUGGUUAAAACAAGCUCUACUAUUAUAGGCUAUAUACCAUUGAGUGGAGUUGCUAUCAAUACAGGAAGAUCUACACUUGGAUUUAUUCGAAACUAUCAACCAUUCAAGUACAUUGUUGAGACUGGUGAUAAGUAUUCCAACUCAAUUUUGGAUCAAAUAGAUAAGUGGAUACCAAGUUUGCAAACAGUUGAAGUUCAAGAUAUAACCGAUCCAAUUACUACACCUGUUGUUCAUGCUGUUGAUACCGUUCAACAUACAAUUAGUGGAAUAAAUGAAACUGUAUCGAGAAACAUUAUCGAGCCUGUUAAUAAAAACAUUGUGGAACCUACAAAAACAAGAAUCGUUGAUGCCAAAGAAGGUUUCCAAGCCCAUGUUUACGAUGAGAAUGGAAAGGGGAUAGUUUCUAGCCAAGCAGACCCCGUAAUUGGACCCAUAAAUGAACAUUUGGAACAAUUUGUUGGCUCACAUUUUCCCGAUCAUAAAAAGACUUCAAGCGACGGUUAUUCAAGUGAGAUUGCUAGAACUUUCAAGAUUGUUGGGAAUAUCAUCACAAGAGAGAAAGAAGAUCCAAAGGGAAAAAAUGAGAAAAGAAAAUGA